CCUCUCUUCUCUUCGGUCCAAAGAAGAAAAAUGCGCUUUUCUGUGUUUUCUCUUCAACGAUGAGAAACCGUAUCUGAAAUUACCAAAAUACCCCUGAAAUCUCUACCUGAAAUACCCCUCUCCGUUUCUUCUCUUUGUCUCUGAUGGCGGCAAUUUCGUCCUUAUCUGUUACAGCUUUAGGGCAUGCUACCGAAAGGAAAGGAUCGGCUUCUGUAGUCCACUCUCUCGCUUCCAAUUUCGACGUUUUUCGGGUCCGUAUCUGGUCCGCUUCCGACCCGAUUUCCGUUCGGAGCCGGAAUUCCAGCUCUCGUUUGGUCGUUCGAUGUAUGGCAGCUGCAUACGAAACUCCCACUGUAUCCGAAACAAAGUUGAAUUUUCUCAAGUCCUACAAGCGGCCAAUUCCAAGCAUAUACAAUUCCGUAUUGCAAGAGCUAAUCGUUCAGCAGCAUCUGAUGAGGUAUAAGAGGACAUAUCAGUACGAUGCAGUCUUUGCUCUUGGUUUCGUCACUGUCUACGAUCAGCUUAUGGAAGGGUACCCAAGCAAUGAAGACCGAGAGGCAAUUUUCAAAGCGUAUAUACAGGCAUUGCAGGAGAAUCCCGAGCAAUACAGAAUCGAUGCGCAGAAGUUGGAAGAGUGGGCCCGCACUCAGAAUGCAAGUUCAUUGGUUGAGUUCUCAUCUAGGGAAGGAGAAGUUGAGGGCAUUUUGAAAGAUAUUUCCGAACGGGCUGGGGGUAAGGGGAGCUUCAGCUAUAGCCGUUUCUUCGCAAUCGGUCUAUUUCGUCUUCUUGAGCUGGCAAAUGCAACAGAGCCAACUAUCUUAGAGAAGCUUUGUGCAGCAUUAAACAUAAACAAACGCAGCGUGGAUAGAGACCUUGAUGUGUAUCGGAACCUUCUUUCCAAGUUGGUUCAAGCAAAGGAGCUCCUAAAGGAGUAUGUUGAUAGAGAAAAGAAGAAAAGGGAAGAACGUGUGGAAUCUCAAAAGGCGAAUGAGGCCCUCACAAAAUGCAUAAAAGUAUUCCAACAUGCAGGGCUUUAAGCUUUGCAAGCUCGUGGCUCCAAGUACUUUCUCCUUGGAUCCUUAACCGAACGAGUCUCCCAGUUAGGGCUGCCACUAGGGUACAGUUAAAGUUAUCAAGAUGUACUAUUUUGGAGUAUGGGGAUCUAAGACAAAUCCAUAUGUGUUGAGCCUCUUUUUUUUUUGGUUUUUGUUUUCCUCCUCUCCUAUAAUUUUCAAUUGUAUUGUCAAUGUUCUUAUUCAUCAUCUGCAAAAUGCACAUGGAUUGAGAUUCUCCAUAGUUACCUGUAUUUUUGAAUUUCAAUGACCGGUGAUGGCACUGCUUUCAUUGGAGA